UGGAAAUCUGUUCACCAUGACCUUGGGACGAAGCUUCGUGAAAAGCCCAGCUUCCUUUCCUCAAUGCAUCUGCGAGGAAGGGGCGGGGCCAUCCAUAAGUAGGAGUUAUAGUACAGUUAGUCUAUAGUCUAAGGUAGCCAAGCCAAUUAGCCAGGAGCCCAUGAUCACUAUUUAACGGUGGUGUUUGGCCGUUUGCCGCGGCCCAAACUACUCCAAGUCUCCAACCCCUUCUUUCUCUUUACUUAUUCCGAGCAGGCGGCCCGGCCCUUUCUGCUAUUCAUACAUAGUCUUUGUCAGUCUUAGUCAUCUUCCAUACCAAGUCUAUUCUCCCCAAGAAAAAUAAAUAAAAAAGAGAAAAUUUUGUCAAUCUAGUACUCUCUUUUAUAUAUUAUCAAGCUGCCGUGCUUCUAUAGCUUUAUUUCUGAAUGCCAGAGAGAGAGAGAGAGAGAGAGAGAUUGUGAUUGUUAAGGGUUCAUGGGUUCCUCAUGGGUUCCUCCCUCCUAAAUCUUUUUCUUCAUCUUGGGGCCGAUCACAAUCAGCACACCUCAACAGUUCCAUUACUGCUAAUAAUGCCCAAAGGAUUUUCCCCUCUCGUCUCAUUGCCUCAUCACCAUCACCACCACCACCACCACCACCGCCUCCACCACUUGAAAGUCCGGUCCCCAUGAUGGAGAAGACAGCGAUCGUCACCACCAUGCAAGGCAGCUGCGUCGACCUAGAGAUCGUCCUCGACAACGAUGAACAAAUGAUCAGCGACAACAACCAGAAGAAGCUCAAUCCCAACCCUGGUGGAGGCAAACUAGAAGAUUGGCUCCCCAUUACGGAAUCCAGGAAUGGCAACUCCUUCUACUCAGCAUUCCACUCUCUCAACUCUGGAAUCGGAUUUCAAGCCCUGUCUCUUCCCCUUGCUUUCACCAUCCUUGGCUGGACUUGGGGGAUUGUGAGUUUGUCGUUGGCUUUCGUAUGGCAGCUAUACACCUUAUGGUUACUCACCCAACUCCACGAAUCGGUUAAUGGGACACGCUACAGCAGAUACCUCCAUCUAGCCAAAGCAGCAUUUGGUGUAAAGCGAGGGAAGUUGAUGGCUUUAUUUCCCAUCAUGUACUUAUCGGGUGGAACAUGUAUAGCACUGAUAACCCUUGGUGGUGAAACCAUGAAGCAUUUCUUCCAAACCCUUUGUGGGGACACAUGCCUCGCCAAGCCCCUUACAACAGUCGAGUGGUUUUUGGUCUUUACGUUAUGUGCCAUUGUUAUGGCUCAGCUACCCAAUUUGAACUCUAUUGCUUGUGUCUCCUUCAUUGGUGCCAUCACAGCUAUCACCUAUUGUACCAUGCUAUGGGUUGCUUCCAUAGUUUACGGUAGAGUCGACGGUGCUUCUUAUAAGCCAUUGCAACCUUAUAAGACUGAGACCGCUAAGGCAUUUAGUAUCCUCAAUGCUAUUGGUAUCAUUGCUUUCGCUUUCAGAGGUCACAACCUUGUGCUUGAGAUCCAGGGUACAAUGCCUUCUACCCUAAAACAUUCAGCUCAGGUGCCAAUGUGGAAAGGGGUGAAAUUUGCGUAUCUUCUCAUUGCAGUGUGCUUAUAUCCCCUUGCAAUAGGAGGCUACUGGGCAUAUGGGAACUUGAUACCUAAGCACUAUGGGAUGUUGAACGGCUUGUACAAAUUUCAUGGAAAUAAAACCUCAAAGGUAAUGGUGGCAUUGACAAGCAUUCUUGUUGUGAUCAACUGCCUGAGCUCCUUCCAGAUAUAUGCUAUGCCCGUCUUUGACAAUUUGGAAUUGGCAUACAUUAGUUUCAAGAACAAGCCAUGCCCAAGGUGGGUACGCAGAGGGAUCCGGGCUUUCUUUGGAUGUUUGGCUUUCUUUGCAGCCGUUGCUCUCCCAGUCUUGACAAGCUUGGCAGGUCUACUUGGAGGGAUCGCGUUACCUAUCACACUAGCUUAUCCAUGUUUUAUGUGGAUUAUAAUGAAGAAACCUAAACGAUAUACCAUAAUGUGGAUCAUUAACUGGGGACUUGGGAUUCUAGGUAUGGCUCUUAGUCUUCUAGUGAUUGCUGGGGCGGUGUGGAGUAUUGUGGACAAAGGUAUUCAAGCCAACUUCUUCAAGCCUUCAUGAGAAGAAAUAGUCAGUACUCUUUUUUUUUUUUUUUUUCAUAAUUUUUUAUAUUUAUAUAAAGAUAAGAAUCAAAUGGAGA